GCGCCUUUGGCUUUUGUUGAAGAGGGUAACUUUCCAGAGGAGUCUCGCUGCGACAAAGAAAGGUGCUGAGGACUAUUUAGAAAAAGAAAAGGAACCCUGACCUGACCCCCCCCAAACACACACCAGGUAUGGCCGCGGUCUUGCCGAGGACGCUGGGUGAGCUCCAGCUCUACCGGAUCCUGCAGCGAGCCAACCUUCUCUACUACUAUGAAGCCUUCAUCCAGCAGGGCGGUGACGAUGUGCAGCAGCUGUGCGAGGCCGGUGAGGAGGAGUUCCUGGAGAUCAUGGCACUGGUCGGUAUGGCCAGUAAGCCAUUGCACGUACGCCGCUUGCAGAAAGCGCUACGCGACUGGGUCACCAACCCGGCCAUCUUCAACCAGCCCCUGACCUCACUGCCGGUCUGCAGCAUCCCUGUCUACAAGCUGCCCGAAGGCUCCCCGACAUUACUGAGUCCCCAGGACCGGGCCAAUACAUCCAGCACCAAGAUGACCAAAGCGGUCGCGACCUGCUCCGACGCAGGAAAGCUGGACGUGACCCGGGACAAAGUGUCCGUAGGGUCUCCCCUCCAGGGAAAUAGCGAAGCUCGGUUCUGGUCGGGACACAGCAACGAUAGCGAGCACAGCCUUUCCCCUUCUGACCUGGGCUCGCCGUCCUCACCCAGAGAAGUGAUGGAGGCUCUGGAUGCGGCUGCCGUGCAGUCGGUCCUAGAGUGCGUGGACAGGAUGGCACCAGGACUUGCCAAGGCGGACAUCGCUGAUGUCAAAGAGCAGCUCAAGAGCAACAAGAAACUGGCAAAGAUGGUCGGACACAUCUUUGACCUGAGCGACGAGGAUCCGCGGAGGGAGGAGGAGAUUCGCAAAUACAGCGCCAUCUACGGACGCUUCGAUUCAAAGAGGAGGGACGGCAAACACCUGACACUCCACGAGCUGACGGUGAACGAGGCAGCAGCCCAGCUCUGCAUGAGGGACACUGCCCUGCUGACCCGCCGCGAUGAGCUCUUCGGACUCGCCCGGCAGAUCUCUAGAGAGGUCACCUAUAAGUACACCUACCGCACCAGCAAGUCUCGCUGUGGAGAUGAGCCCUCUCCUAAAAGAAUUAAAACUGAGGAGAACUUCUUUGACAUCCAGGAGGCGCUGCAGGCCAUUCACAUGAGGCAGGAGAUGCUGCGGGAGCAGCUGGCCUGCGCUAAGUCCAAAGGAGACGAAAGCAUCGGACGGAAUCUGCAGAUGCAGCUGGAGCGUCUGCUGGCGAGGCAGAUGGAGAUCCUGCAGGAUGCGGCGGUGCAGGAGCGGCUUCAGGCUCUGGACUGGAGGAUCCCCCCCGCCGCCUUGAAGUACCUGACUGACGCCCAGAACACCAACGGGGCCGCGGUUGACGCCAGCAGAGAGACCCAGGAUGAGCGACCCAUGAACCUGCGAGUUGUCAGUCAAACCAUGCAGGAAGGUGACCUCCCGCUGGGCAAACAGCUGGCCAACGAGCUGAAACGUCAUCACAACCACAACAGCAGCACAGAAGAGACCAAAACAGCAGCGACAGAAAACGGGACUUCCCAGCGGGCGUCCAGCAGCACAGACAAAAAGACCAUCAAGUCGGAACCGGAAGACUCCACAUAGUGCCUCCCGCUUGCUCCGCCCUCACGUCUCAUCGUAGUAUGCAGUAUUCAGCGUCACUAGGAACUAAGCGAGCACAGUCACAGUAGAGCCUUAACAACCAACGUUGCCUCAUGAAGAGUAUUUAUUUUUCCUGGGUUCGUGUCAGUGCCGACGCAUCGAAGCGAUGCUCGGCGGGUCUCCACUCGAAGCACGUUUGGACACACUUACCUCUCUGAACAUUUUCUUAUUUUUUUGCUCUGCCGAUCUGUCCUUCUAAAUCCAACAUCAGUGUCUCCGUUUGUGCUGGAAACAAAAACAGUCCCAGUUAGACUGAGAGCGAGCAUUAGGUUCCUUAUUUUAGGGUCUGGAUGACUCCACCGCUUUAGUCUGGUGUAUAUUUAUGUGAGGUCUUUUUUUUUUGUAGUACUAUUACACACCCGAACCUUGUGGGGGGGUUUCCGGUAACUGCUGGUGAUCCAGAAGGACACACCUGCAAGCAGAAUAUCCCCCGACUGAAGAUGUGACGCUUCACCAGAAAUCCCUUUCAGGCAGCGUGUGUGUGUGUGUGUGUGUGUGUGUGUGUGUGUGUGUGUGUGUGUGUGUGUGUGUGUGUGUGUGUGUGUGUGUGUGUGUGUGUGUGUGUGUGUGUGUGUGUGUGUGUGUGUGUGUGUGUGUGUGUGUGUGUGUGUUCUUCUAUUUCUACCCUUCUUGAGUUAAGGACCGAAAUCAUGGUCCCAAUACGGAAAAAACAUUGCAUCUGCUAGAGAGCCAAAUACUAGAGUCCGUGAACAUUGCUCCAAAGUCAGGAUUUUUUUUGUUUGUUGUUGAUUUAAUGUGCACACAAAAGUAAACAUUGACAGGUGCAAAGGCAGGAAUAUAUCAAUCAAUCAAUCAAUGUUUAUUUAUAUAGCCCUAAUAUCACAAGUGUCUCAAAGGGCUGCACAAGCCACGACGACAUGUGGGUGCCCCCCAGCCCCCGGAGUGGGUCUGACAUAAUAUUGUGAAAGUCCAGUCCACAGUGGAGCUAGCAUAAUAGUGAGAGUCCAGUCCAUAGUGGAUCUAACAUAAUAGUGAGAGUCCAGUCCAUAGUGGAUCUAACAUAAUAGUGUGAGAGUCCAGUCCAUAGUGGAUCUAACAUAAUAGUGAGAGUCCAGUCCAUAGUGGGACCAUCCCAAGCGGAGACGUUUGAGCAGCGCAGAGAUGUCCCCAAGCGAUGCACAGGCGAGUGGUCCACCACGGGUCCCGACUCUGGUCAGCCGACUCUGGUCAGCCGACUCUGUGCCCCGCCCCCCCCCCCCUCCACAAGGGAGAGGGGGGCAGAGGAGAUAAGAAAAGAAACGGCAGAUCAACUGGUCUAAAAAGGGGGUCUAUUUAAAGCAGGGGUCCCCAAACUUUUUGACUCGGGGGCCGCAUUGGGUUAAAACACUUUGGCUGGGGGCCGGGCUGUGUAUAUAUAUA